GCACAUGCUGGAUUCAAAGAGAUAUGCCAUCAUUGGAGCAGAUCUCCGAGACCUUUCUGAACUGGAAGAGAAACUAAAGAAAUGUAACAUGAAUACACAGUUGCCAACACUCCUGAUAACUGAAUGUGUGCUGGUUUACAUGACUCCAGAGCAGUCAGCCAGCCUUCUAAAAUGGGCAGCCAGCAGUUUUAAAACAGCCAUGUUCAUAAACUACGAACAGGUGAACAUGGAUGACCGGUUUGGGCAGGUCAUGAUUGAAAACCUCCGGAGGCGACAGUGUGACCUGGCAGGAGUGGAGACCUGCAAGUCACUGGAGUCGCAGAAGGAACGGCUGCUACUGAAUGGGUGGGAGACGGCAUCCGCAGUGAACAUGAUGGAGCUGUACAGUGGGCUUCCUCGGGCAGAGGUGAACAGAAUAGAAUCCCUCGAGUUCCUGGAUGAACUGGAGCUUCUAGAGCAGCUCAUGCGGCAUUACUGCCUGUGCUGGGCCACCCGCGGAGGCCAGGAGCUUGGUUUGAAGGAGAUAACCUAUUAAUCUGCCGAAGGUACGAACCUGUUGAAGGUGGAGGCUGAAGUCUCUAGCAGAGCCAGUGCCCUGGCCCCUUGAAGAAUGGGUGGCUUCAUCUCUGUUGUUGGCCCUGUUGCACACCCAGAGCCUUUGGUUACAAAGGUGGUCACGCCAGAUCCUGUUCCUGUCCCUUAUCAUUGUUUAAAUAAAUCUCACUUGCCACUUG